UGAUGCGACGACACAACGUAUUUAAUAUGCAAAGUUGGAUUUUUCCAUUAAUCAAUCAUAAUGUUGUUACUUUUCUAAUCUAAAAGAAAUAAAAGUAACAAAAAUUAAUUAAUUGUUCGAGAAUUUUCUUCUUCUUUUUCCAUUUAGUUCAUAAACAAAUCGAAAGUUACGAUAAAGUGCAAGACGUCACACAUGAUUUUAAAUAGAUCAAUGACAAGUUUUUUAUAGAUUGAGAGAAAGCAAAUAAUACUUGAAAGGAUGCUUCUACGAUUAUACUCUUUGAUUGUUUUAUCCUUGGAUGUGUUAACAUUGCUCAUAGGAAUAUGGUUUUCCAUGCUUUUAGCAAUUUAUAGGACUUUUAGACCACCAGGAUUAAAAAGUGUUCAUGGUGAAGUAGCAUUGGUUGUUGGAGCUGGAAGAGGUGUAGGUAGAGAAAUAGCAAUUCAAUUAGCUCAAUUAGGAGUAAGUGUAGCUUGCGUAGAUGUAAAUAAUGAAAAUUGUCAAGCUACUGUCAAUAAAGCUUUACAGCUUUCUUGCAUAGCAAGAGCUUACAUUUGCGAUGUAACAAAAGAAAAGCAAAUUUCAAAUACUAUAGAAGCUAUAAGGAGAGAAUUAGGAGAAGUAACAAUGUUAUUCCACUGUUGCGGUGUUCCUAGUCCUCGAACUUUGUCUGAAAGUCCUCCAAAUAUCAGAAGUUUAUUGGAUACUGCUAUAUUAAGUCAUUUUUUACUUUUAGAUGCAGCUCUUCCUGGAAUGCACAAAGUUAGCAAAGGUCAUAUUGUUGUUUUAUCAUCAGUUGCUGGAUUGUCUGGUGUAACCAACAGACAAACCGUUAUUCCUUUAUCAACAGCACAAUUUGCUGUGCAAGGUUUUGCAGAAUCAUUACAAGCUAACUUGAGACAUUCAAGAAGUAAUAUUAAUAUAUCAUUAAUUCAUGUUUAUCCUUUCAUGAUUGGUACUGAAUCUAUUAAAGAUAUUCGAUUUAGGAUUCCUAGUUAUUUUGGUACUAUACAUGCUUCUGAAGCUGCUAGAAGAAUUUUAGAUGGUGUUCGUAGAAAUUAUUCAGAAUUUAGUGUCCCAGGUUAUUUAUUAUACUUGGGUCAUAUAUUAAGAAUAUUACCAAAAAAAGCUUCAUUUAUGUUAAGAGAUUUAUUGGAUACUGGCGUAGAUUUUGCAUGACAUUUUUUAUUGAAUCAAUUUGAUUUUUGUCUUAUUAUGAUUUAUAGUAAAGUAGUUAUUUGUUACGGUUAUAUUAAGUACAUUUAAAUAAUUUAAAAAAUUUAUUCAUAUUUUUAUCAUACAUAAUUUACAUUAUUGUA